AUGACGCCCCAUAGUGAACGCCUACUGGACAUGGGUCAAGACAGGUCCGCAGCGGAAUCUCUCAUUUCUCGAUUCCGCAUCGAGAAGCUGCUCAAUCAAGACCAAAGUGACCGCCGCAUCUCAUUGCUCGGCCACAUUGACGACAAGCAAGGUAUUCUUAUUGCCGAACGCGCCGCAUUCGCGACAGAGUCUCUUGAAGUCCUACAGGCAUUCCAUUCGAGUAUAUCUCGAGUGCGCAAUCUAGGAGACAAUGACAUCUACAAGUGGUAUAUGGCCAACACAUCGUCCAAAGAUGACGGCAACACCAGCCCACCUGAUCUCAAAUUGAACCUGAUCUGGCCCUGUGCACAGCAGCAUAUAAAGAAAUACUCUGCCCAGACGUUGCGUACGGUUACAGAAACCCCGCAAAUCUACAGAGAUCACAUCCGUCCGCACAUGCAGCAGAAGCGUGAGGAAGGAAGGCUGAAUUGGGUCUUCAACAUCCUCGAAGGCCGUACAGAGCAGGAAGAUGUGAUUCUUCGCGACAAAGGACACUCCCCCGAAGACGGGUUUUUGAUGUUGCCAGAUCUGAAUUGGGAUCGAAAGACUAUCAGCUCGUUGCAUCUGCUUGCUCUUGUCGAGCGACGCGAUAUCUGGUCACUCCGAGAUUUGAAAAGGAAGCAUAUUCCCUGGCUCAAGUAUCUAAGGCAAAGGCUCGUGGAUGCUACAGUCAAGACGUAUCCUGGCCUCGUCGAGGAGGAUCAGUUGAAGCUGUAUGUCCACUACCAGCCGACCUACUACCAUUUUCAUGUGCACAUCGUCAACGUUAUGCUAGAGGCCGGGCAAACUCAGGCAGUAGGGAAAGCAUUUGGGCUGGAGAAUAUCAUCAGCCAACUGGAAGGCAUGUCUGGAGACGAUGAAGCCGGUAUGGCCGACGUGAGUCUGUCGUAUCUCUUAGGGGAAGCGAACGAGCUGUGGACCAGCAUUUAUGGGCCGUUGAAGAGGGGCGAGACGCCAAAGGCUUAG